CCCCUCCCCACCCCAACACACGCACACAGGUUCUGCCAUCUCCUCUCCUGCCUUCUCAAGGACACCGUCGACGUUGAGGAGCUUAUACUAUUGUCAUCAUUGACACCCGUCGACCGGCAAAGGUGGUUUCCCAGCUGAGUUCGUAAUCAUCAUCAUCCUCAUCAUCAUCGUCGUCAUGGCCGUGUCUCUUCUUCCUCGUCCUCCUUCGCGGCAGUCGGGACAGGGGAGUUUCCCUCUCCUCGCGGUCAUCACGUUGUUGGUAUCGAUCUGCUUCUGCUGCGAUCGUGUGUCGUCGACAUCGUCCUCGUCGGGAUCGACGUCCGAUCACCUCCACCGCGAUCCCGGCGGCCAAGCCUUAUCCGACUUCUGCACGUUUCAAGCUCCCGACAGGCAGUGCCCCGUGCCACCUACCGUGGCUUCGGUUGACGUCAACGCGUAUACGGGGCUAUGGUUCGAGGUGGCCAUCUCGGCGCGCUUCAAGAUUUUGUCCCAGAGAGGCAUCCGAUGUGCCACCGCUAAUUACACUGCUGAUGGGACUGGACCGUACAUUAUGGAGGAGAUAAAUAAGAUCACCUCCUUGGCUACAGUGGCUGUGACAGCAGGAUCGGAAAUCUGGAAUGCAACUAAGACACUCUACAAGCAGAGCAGGUUCAUCUCGAAACAGGAUAUUCUGCGCCCGGAUCCUGACGUUCGGGCAGGGGUUUUGGGAAGGGCUGUUCAGAGCCCCAAGGAGCCUGGAAAGCUCACGGUUACUUUUCGAGGUUUUCCAGGGGCAUAUUGGAUAAUUGCACUAGAAGGUAGGGCAUCUGAGGGAUAUGAGGUGGCAAUGGUUUACGGCUGCCAAGUUUUGCCGCCAUUCCUUCAAACUCCAAACGGCAUAGAAAAUGAGACCAUCUUCAUCAUUGCGAGGAAGCGUGACAUACCGCGGGAGAGGAUCGACAAGCUUGUGGCAUACGCGAAAGGAGUGGGAAUCAACUUGACCCUCGAUAACAUCCUCAUUCCUGCAAGCUUCGACGGCUGCAGCGGGAGAACCCUUUCACCUGCUCCGUAAACCGCGACAGGCCCCAAUGUCGACCGAGGAUGUUGACCAUGGCCAAUGCGGUGGGAGCACCCCGUUUCACCUGCUCCGUAAACCGCGACAGGCCCCAAUGUUGACCGAGGAUGGCGACCAAGGCCGCCUGCUGGAAGUCAACCAAGGACCUGCUGGAAGGGUCAGCCUAUCGGCUGUGUGGGAGUGCGGGAGGGUCGGUUAACUGGCCACUUGGGGGCCACCGGGGGGCCCAACACAAAAUUUUGAAUGCCGCCAAAGACUUGGCAUUUCUUGGUUUGGUGUUCCCACGUGUGGAAAACCGACCGGUUCACACAAAAAAUAGGUUUGGGAGCAGUGCUGGAUUAAACCAUCAACUCCCAGCUAGCUCUGAUCGCAUUUUUUUUCCAAAUACUUCUUCUUCUUCUUCUUCUUCUUCUUCUUCAUUUUUCCCAGAUACUUGUUUGAUUUCACAUUGUUUAAGUUUGUGCAGUUGAGCCUAGUACUCAAGUUGAUUUCACGUUGUUUUAAUUUGUGCAGCUGAGCCUAGUACUCAAAAUGACUGACCGAAAUAACUUUUUUCUUUGGUUCAAUGAAGUUUUAAUCACGGA